AUGAGCAAUAGCAUAGAGAUAUCCUUUGGCAAGAUCUACAGGCCUUGGGGAACCAAAUUCAAACUUCUUGGCUCAUCAGUGGAGAUUUCAACAAUGUACUAUCAACGAAAAAUACAAUUGAGCAACCAGUUACUCAAGAUGAAACCCAGGGCUUUAAAGACUUCUUUAUUUGACCAAGAGAAGGCACUCAUUGCCGAAAUUAAGAAAUGGAGUUCCGUUGAAGAGAAGCUGAAGAUCAACUCUAGCAGAAGUACUAUCACUUCUAUAUACAAUGAAGCUGGCCCCAAGGUAUCUAAUCCAUGGGUUGUUGAAGCAGAACUCUUGUCUUUCUUUACCAACCUUAUGGGGAAAUGCAAUGAGGAAAUGCCAUGUCCAAAUACAAUGGAGAUUAAGAAUGGACCAUGUGUAACUAGAAAACAACAACUGCAACUGAUCCAUAUGGUGACUAGGGAAGAAAUUGAUGUUUUAAUACAAGAUAUGCCAACUGAGAAAGAACCUUGGGUUGAUGGAUACCCUAUAGAAUGUUUCACUAAGCAUUGGGAUGUGGUUAAGCAGGAUGCGUAUGCAGCUGUCCAUCAAUUUUUCUCUACAGGCAAGAUACAGAAAUCCUGGAAUUAUAUUGCCAUCACUUUAGUGCAAAAAAUCCCGACACCUACUCGCGUUAAAUAUUAUAGUCCAAUAGCAUGGUCCUCCACAUUAUACAAAAUUGUUGUUAAAGUUCUGACUGUGAGAAUUAAGAAGGCAAUACAUGAUAUCAGUGGAUAA